CCGUAUCUGUCCUUGGAUACAGUGUUUUUGUGGUGUUGGGUUUUUUUGCAAUUUGACUUCUUUUUUUCCCACCUGUUUGUGUCUCACUGCUUACUUCGCAUCUCCCUCACCAGCCUUUUCCUGCAUUACUUUCAACAAAAGUUUCAUUUCUUGAUCAUGGCCGAUUUCAUAAGAAACAAACUGCUUGAAUGGGGGCUAAGAGAGUUGGAGGAACGAUUUGAAGCUAACAAAGUUACAGAGGAAAGCCUUUUCUGUCUUACCAAUGAAGACAUAACUGAGUUAAUCCCUGAAGUUGGUCUAAGGUCAAGAUUCAGAAAGAGACUUGAGGACUUAAAGAGUAAACAAAGCAUAAGGCAAGAAACACCCGAUUUUUCCACUCAGGAGAAUGAAGAAACAACAAAAUUGGUUCAGGUUCCACCAUCCACAAGUUCAAAAGGAAAAAGAAAAUCAGAUCUUCAGGGGCAAUCCAACAAAUGGCAAUCACCAACUAAAAGACAACGUGACUCAGUGACAGAAACAAGAAUAUUAUCUGAGGUGAAAGGCAUCAUGAAAGAUGUCAGUAACAGUCUCCAUGGCCAAGACAAGCUAAGUACUUUCCUAAAGAACAAAAUUAAUGAUUUGGAAACCGACAAGAGAGAGCUUGUUGGUGUCUUUGGAAGAACUGGGGCUGGAAAGAGCUCUUUAAUCAAUACCAUCAUUAAUGAGAAGAAUCUUUUGGCCACUGGAAUAAUCAGUGCAUGCACCACAGUCAUGAUAAAGGUGGAGGCUAACACUUGCAGCCCAAAGUAUGAGGCAGAAAUUGAGUUCAUUACGAAGGAGGAGUGGCAUGAUGAAUUAUGGUCACUGAAGACUCUUAAGAAAGGUGAUGAUUAUCGGGACAUGGUUAAAAAGCUGUCAGCCCUGUAUGGAGAAGAAUGGAAAGACAAAUCCCCUGAAAACCUCUUGGAAAAAAAGUAUUUCAAAAAUAUUCUAGAAUUUUUAGAUUCCAAGAGGAAAUUUUUGCAUUGUGACACAGCUGAAAAGCUAUCUGAAGAACUUUUUAAAUAUACAAAGUAUGUUCCAAAGCAGGAAGAUGGAUAUAAAGCACAGCAGUGGUACUGGCCACUAGUAAAGUGUGUGACUGUCAGGGUGCCAAACAAUAAGUUUCUCCAGCAUGUCACACUUGUGGACCUUCCUGGAAAUGGCGAUCGCAACAAGAGCAGGAACGAAAUGUGGAGACAAAUUGUUGGAGAUUGUUCUACUGUGUGGAUUGUGGCUGAAAUUACUCGGGCAGCAUCAGAGAAUGAGGCCUGGGAGAUUCUAAAAAGUGCACAUGGCCUCAUUGGAAAUGGUGGUCAGUGUGAGCAAAUUCACUUUAUCUGCACCAAGUCUGAUCCUUCAGACAAUCGAGAUAUAAAAAACAAGGAAGCCAAGAAAGAAGUGACGAGUGAAUUCCGGGAACUGAAUGAGAGUCUGAGUGACCACUUCAGUGAGGACUGCUUCAAAGUGUUCACAGUGAGUGCUGAAGAGUUCCUAGAAAGAAAAGGUGUAAAAGAAGAUGUCAAUGAAAUAGCCAAACUUCAAGACUUCUUGCAAAAUUGCAAUGAUGUCACUCUGAGACAU